GCACCGACCGUGACCGCGCCGCUCCUCGGGGCUCCCGCGCUGAAUCAAAAUAAUAACACAUAGAAGAGGAACAAAGUGAGAAGUUAACGAACAACAUGAAGUUACUCAUCUUCCUCACAGUAACCCUAGGCACACUUGUGACGGGACUAGAUUCUGUUUAUAGCAAGAAGCACUACAAGCUGCCAUAUAAACACAGAUCAGAUCACAAAGAAUGCCAUUGUUUGAAUGGAGGAACCUGCAUUACCUAUUACCUCUUCAGUGGAAUUAAUCGUUGCGUAUGCCCAGAAGGAUACACUGGGAUUCACUGUGAACUAGACACUGACAGCAUAUGCUAUACUGAGAACGGGGAGGACUACAGAGGAAUGGCAACAGAAGACGAAUGUCUGCCAUGGGACCUUCCCUCAGUAAUCAGGAGGGGUCAUUACCAUGCUCACUUGAAGAAUGCUUUGCAGCUUGGACUAGGCAGACACAGCUACUGCAGAAACCCAAAUGGAAGGAACAGGCCCUGGUGUUACACCAAAAAGGGAUUCACCAUUCAAGAAACACCCUGCAACAUAGAGAAGUGUGGGCGUGCAUGUGGUCAAAGGAGCAUCAGCAAGUACUUCAAGAUUGUUGGUGGAAGCCAGGCAGAGGUUGAGUCUCAGCCUUGGGUAGCUGGCAUCUUCCAAAACAUAAAGGGCAUCGACCAUUUUCUGUGCGGUGGCAGCCUCAUUGACCCUUGCUGGGUGCUUACAGCAGCACACUGUUUUCAUACUCCGUCAAAAAAACCACAAGACAAAUCCAUCUACAAAGUCUUCCUUGGAAAGUCCAUACUGAAUGUUACUGAUGAUAAGGAACAAGUAUUCAUGGUUGAUGACAUCAUCUCUCACCCUGACUUUACAGAUGACACAGGUGGCAAUGAGAAUGAUAUUGCUUUGAUAAGGAUAAGAACAACUUCUGGACAGUGUGCAGUAGAAUCCAAAUAUGUCAGAACAGUCUGCUUGCCAGAGAAGAACCUUUACUUACGAGACAAUACCCGGUGUGAAAUAUCUGGCUAUGGAAAACAAGAUUUUUAUGACAUCUUCUAUGCUCAAAGACUCAUGUCAGCCACUGUAAACUUAAUAUCACAGACAAAAUGCAAAUAUGAAUACUAUGACAAUAUCAGAGUUACUGACAACAUGGUCUGUGCUGGAGAUCCCACAUGGAUGACUGAUGCAUGCAAGGGAGAUUCUGGCGGCCCCAUGGUCUGUGAGCACAAUGGCAGGAUGAUGCUGUAUGGGAUUGUCAGCUGGGGAGAUGGCUGUGCAAAGGAAAAAAAGCCUGGUGUUUACACCAGAGUUACUCGAUACCUUAACUGGAUUGACUCCAAUAUGAAUGCGGUAAUUGCCAAGAGUCGUUUUCUUCCUGAACCAAAGUGACCUUCUUUCUACAGCUGGACUCAAAUGAACAAGAUUAAGCCUAUACUGAUGCCAGGACACUAAAGUCCUGAAUGUCAUGAGAGGCUUUCCUUUUAAAUGCUCGUGUGGUCUGCCAUUCACAUCAGUGUUCCUGAGGCAGAGAGAUGGUUGAUAUAUUAUCUUACUACUCUGAAUUACCUGAAAACCACUCAGUGGGAAGCUAAAAUAUUUAACAUUUAAAUGAGUAUUCCCAUGCACAAUACUAUACAUAUCAAGUUAUCUGUCCACUUCAUUUAUGAACCAGCAUUUGGUCUGGAAGUAUUGGUACUGUUUUAACUUACUUAACUGAAGUAUUCAUUUUAUACAUGGCCUGAGUCUAAAAAUCUUGCCUCAUCACACUGAACAAUAUUAAGACUCCAGUCCUAGAAACCUAACCUGUUAAGACCAGUACUGAGAGGAUGAUCAGGCUUUGCAUCAGAAAGUGAAAGAAACAGCAUCAGCAUUAUUAUCACUAAUGCAUGAAGAAGGACCAAAGUCUGCUUAGACUGAGGCAACACUUGGUGUACAGGGUUCAUUGCUAUAGACCCAACAUAUAGUAAAAUCUUAAGGAUGGCACCUGUAACCAUGUCAGCAUUACAAACUUUUAAGUGGAAUAUGUUAAGAACUGUGCUGCAAGAAGGUGAAUCGGAAACUUGACUGGACUUCCAGGUCACAUGUGAAGGUAUCUGGGUCCCCUGGAAAGUCUGAUUAUACAACCUCUCUACAUGUACCUAUGCACCCAGGAGAGGAUUUAAGGACUCGGCACCUGUUGAAUGCUGCAGAUGCUAAAAAUCAGAACUUUAUUUCCAUUCAUUUAACUGAUAUUAUAUGGAAACUACUUCUCUUUUUGCAGGACUUACGCUGGUUUUAUUUUUAAACUUGUCUUUGUUUUAUAGAUUUGAAUUAUUUGUAUGAGGGCUGGAACCUCAAGCUUUAUUUAAUUAUUUUUACUGUGUUUAACUUAUUGUUUGUAUUAUGGAUGUUAAAAUUUCAUUAAAAACCUGUUAUUUUUACA